AUGCCCUCGCCCACGCCCACGCCCACGGCGCUGCCCCGUCUCCACGCCGCCAUCUCCGCCGCCGCAUCCUCGCCCACUAACCUCCGCCGCCUCUCCCACCUCCUCUCCCCCUCGGCGCCUCUGCCCUCCAUCCGGUGUCUCAACACCCUCCUCAUGGCACUCGCCCGCCACGGCAUGCUAUCGGACAUGGAGUCGCUCGCCGCCCGCAACCUCCACACCUACACCACCCUCAUCAACGCCUAUUGCCUCGCCGGCGACCUGUCCUCGCUCCUGCGCGCCGGCCUCGCGCCGGAGUCCCACGCCUACACGUCCUUCGUCCUCGGGUACUGCCGCAUGGGACCGCUCGCGCACGCCUGCGGAUUGUUCUUGCUAAUGCCGCUGCGGGGGUGCGCGCGCACCCCUUUCACAUACGCGGCCCUGCUCCAGGGGCUAUGUGGCACUGGGAUGGUCUUGCGCGAGGCGAUGGCGGUUUUCGCUGGGAUGCGGCCUGAUGGUCUCUAUAUCAUCUACUCCAAAUCUCUACGUAGAAAUCCUGCCUCCAAAAGCCGGCAAACCAUCGUGCCACGUCGCCGCAAACCCGUUAACCGUUGGAUCAGGCGAGCACGCGAUCUCGUCCGUCCGAUUGCGGAUCGGUCGGGUCCCUCGCCCGCUUUAUCGUCGACCCGAGCCAUCGCGAACCUUCGUCGCGGGCCGAUUCUUUGGCCGCUCCCCUCGCCCUCGACUCCCGCACCUCCCUCCUCCUCCCGGCGCGGGUGGGGCCCCAGCGGCCCCGGCGACCCCCGCGCACGUCGCUCCGGCUGCCGACGCACCCGCAGCGGUGCUAGCGUACGUUCUGUCCUCCGCGCCGGCGGAAGCCGCGGCCUCCGCACUGGCGAGCCGCGCAGCUGUGGCCGUGGACUACCAGCACGGGCACCGCGUCACGGGUGCGCCCUCGACGACGUGAGCGCGGUCCACCGUUGGAGCGGUGCGGGGGCGAGCCGAGCUUUUCUUCGCAGCACGUGA